CCCGGCCACGGCCUGGGCUCACCGCUCAGGGAUAGGGAAAGCCUCCUGUGUGCAGCCCGGGAUGCGGGCAGGAGACCGGGCACCUGGCAGGCCUGGCGGGAAGCUGUCACAGACUUUGCCAGCAGGCUCGCAGGUGCCAGCCUCGUCCUCGGAGUCCGCUGACUCGGGCUCCGCCGGGCCCUGGGCCACUCCCUCCCGCCAUGGCCGGGCAGUUUUGUAUUCCUGGCCCCGAUCUCCCGCACCGGAGGUCGACUCUGGGUCCCAGCUGCAAAGCCUCCCACACCCCCUGCGGGCCGUGUGUCCCUGCCCCGAGAUGGCCCUGGCGAAGCCGAGCCCCGCCCGGCCAGCGUUGCCCUUGGGCAUGACGUCUGCCUUGAAGCUGGUGCCAGGAGCCGCUGGCCGGGUGACAGGUCGUUGGCGCACCCCUGGCCGAGAGAAACAGAUCCAGGAAAUACUGUAACACGGGCUCGUCCGAACGCUGGCUUCAUGGCUGGACUUAACUGGAAAGUGAUUUUUACAUUUCUCCAAGAGGAGCCCCCGGACUUUAUCAGCACUGCCCGGUCCUGUCUGUGGCGCGGAUGGGAUUCUCGGGCCUCCCACAGCGACCUGGGCAGGGCAGCUGGGGACCCAGAGCCAUGGUUGACGCACAGCGGAGCGGCCAGGAUCACGAUCCAGCCCCGCGGUGGCCCAGGGGGGCCAGGGCUUGGCGAGCGGGCCCUGGGGUGCAGUUAGUGCACUGUGGGCCCUUAGCCGCUUGGGCCUGCAGGGGUCUCCAAGCAGGACAUCCGUGAGCGCAUCUGGGACCACAUGGAGUCACAAAACCUGGCUGACUUCCCCCGGCCUGUGCACCACAGGAUCCCCAACUUCAAGGGGUCUUACGUGGCUUGCCAAAACCUGCAAGACAUGGACGUUUUCGCCAGAGCGCGGGAAGUGAAAGUGGACCCCGAUAAACCACUGGAAGGCGCCCGGCUGCUGGCACUGCAGAGCAAGAAAACGCUGCUGGUCCCGACGCCGCGGCUGAGGACGGGCCUGUUCAACAAGAUCACGCCUCCCCCCGGAGCCACGAAGGCCGACCUCAGACGGUGCGCCACCUCCCAGGGUGUCAGGAGCCACAGCGUGCCCGUGGGCCUGGACUCCAAGGUCCUCGUGGAUUUGGUUGUGGUGGGAUCCGUCGCUGUGUCUGAGAAAGGCUGGAGGAUCGGGAAGGGAGAAGGCUACGCAGACCUAGAGUACGCCAUGAUGGUGUCCAUGGGCGCCGUGCACGAGGGGACGCCGGUGGUCACCAUCGUCCACGACUGCCAGGUCGUGGACAUCCCGGAAGCCCUCCUGGAGGACCACGACAUCGCGGUCGACUACAUCCUCACUCCCACCCGGCUCAUCGCCACCGGCCGGGAGCGCCCGCAGCCAGCCGGCAUCGCGUGGUCCAAGAUCAGCCCUGAGAUGAUGGAGAAAAUCCCCAUACUGAGGAGCCUCCGGCGCCGAGAGGAGCAGGCCGGGAAAGACGUCGCCCUUCGGGACGCGGCGGGCAGCCAGCGGGCAGCUCCCCCGGGGGGCGUCGGGAGGCCCCAGGACCCUCAGGGAGUGGCCCGCGGCUCCCCGCUGCCGGCUGCCACCGUUUCCGUGGGGAACCUCCCCCACGAUGCCCGUGUGAGCGAUCUCAAGAGAGCCCUCCGGGAACUCGGGCUGAUGCCCCCGCGGCUCACCUGGCAGGGGCCACGGCACCCGGUCCUGCUCCACUACCAAGACCCAGGCACGGCCCAGCGGGCGGUCUCCUGCUUGCAGGGCCUGAGGCUCGGCGCCAGCACCGUGAGGGUGGCACUGGCCGAGCAGCAGAGGGACAGGUGACCAGUGGGUGACCACGGGGGCGGAGGUGUGCGUGACGGCCUGCGCUGGCCCGAAUCUCGGAGGGGCGCCCUGUGCCCCUGCUCCUGGCCGGGCCGGGCUGGAGGAGCCGCAGGCAAUGACAGGCGCGGCGGUGCAGUGCCUUGGCGAAGACCGCUCCUGGGCUCACCCUGGUCGGACGCAGGGGAGCCCGCACCCAGAACUGCACUGGGGGCCACCCCCCGCACCGCCAGCCAGCCCCGCCCGGCAACCGCAGGCCCACAGCACACAGGUGCCCACACGCCCGGCUUGGCCCAGAGCCUCAGGGUCCCUGGGUCCCCCGUUGUGCUGGCUGCACUGCCCUCAGCAGACGCGCGCUCACAGUGGCCGUGGGCCAGUGCACGUGUGUUGCACGCUCGGGUUUGAGCAGCGUCUACAGCGUCCCCGGGCCUCAGCAGAGGGGCGCGCGUGCUGCCACACCUGCCCCCGGGCUCCCCGAGAAGGCCGCGGCCACACUGGUGCUGCUCCUCGGCCCGCACAUCCCCCGAGGUCCCGGGCCAGUGGCCGGUCCGUCCUCCCUGUCCUCACCACGGUGCCCGUCCUGCGGCUGACAGACCCCAUGCAGCUUUGCUCACUCUCUCGUGGAUUUGCAGUGAAACUGGUAGCAGAUCCACCACCCUGAGCCGGCGCCAACGCAAAUGUCCACCAAGGCUGCGGACUGCACCCCGCCGUGGCCUGCGCCCAAGGCCAUCAGGAGUUACCAGGGCUGACACUCCACUCCCAUCAUGCACCUGACUCUCAGAAAAGUCUCCAAAUCCCUGGGAGCCUCCGCCCAGCCCCACCCCACCCCCAGAUCGGCGCAGGGUGGGCUGCAGCUCUCCGAGCAGCCGGGACCCCAGGCUGCGCCCGCGUGUGUGCCUUCCCUUGGCUGAUAGAGCUGUGCUACCCUGGAUCUGCGCCUGUGCUCAGACUGCUGCUCGAGGAAACGAACCAGCGCCCAGGACAGUUGGGCCCCAGACACCCUCCUAAGGGCUCAGAACCGCGACACAGGAAGUGAUCCAGGAAGAGCACAGCCCCACAAACCGCGGGAGAGGUACAUGGUAGCAGAUACCGGGGGAGAUAAACACACAGCGUCCAAAGAAACAGCCGGGGGCACCCGGAGACCGGCAUCCCAGCCGUGCCCCUGCCCCUGCUUCCAGCCCACACACGCCCUGGAGACGCGGAUACGGCCCGAGUCCUUGGGUCCCUGGCACCCACAUGGAGACCUGGAUUCAAGUUCCAGGCUCCCAGCUUUAGUCUGGUCCAGUCCUGGCUGUUGUAGGCAUUUGGGGAGCGAACCAAUGGAUAGAUCUCUCUCCUCCCAUCUACCUUUCAAAUAAAACGGAAAAUACAUAUUUAAAAAGCAGAAA